AAACCUAAACCUAGCAUGAUAAGAAGUCUCUCUCUAUAUAUAUCAAUUUCCGAUUCCUUUCAAGUUUUUCUAUCCAAAUUAAGGGUUUCGCCGUCGAGCACUUUCUCAAUUUAAGUCUUCUUUCCUUUUCAUGUCUUCAAACGCCGUCUCUCUCUCCUCUAUUUUCUACCGGUGCAGACGGCCUCGUACCCUACUUUCUAGUAAACUCCAACAGCAAAAGUCCUCUCAGUGUACACGAUUCUUGUGUUCCCAUAGCCAAAUUCCUCGUUCAAUAUGAGUAAUUCUAAGGUAUUUUUAUUUGGAACUUUUACUGAGGACGAAACGAAAUCCUGGGUAAAUCAGUCAUCUGGAAUUACUGCAAAGCAGGAAGGGAAGAAAACUUUGUCAGUUCCUGCUUUAAAUUCACCAACUGUACCAAACCAUGUUGUUGCAAAACAACCAGGAGUCAUUGAUUCACAGAGUUCCACAAUUGCUUUUGAGUCCUCGAAGAACAGUAAGGCUGAGCAUCUGAAAGAAGUAAAAGAUCUCCCUGAAAGACCAUUCAAAAUCCCAGCUGGCAAUGGGAUUCUUCAUAGCUCAUCUCAUUCGAUUUCCACUUGUAAUGGUAGAAAGGAGCCCACAAUCUUGGAAGGGAUUGAUAUGGAUUCUCUUCAUAUAACUGAUAUUAACCAAGGUUCCCUGAAAAUCCCAAUUUGCUCUGAAGAGCAUACCAUGAAUGGUGACGUUGUGCAAGAAUCAAAUGGAAGAUUUAAUGGACCAUCAAUUACUCUCAAAACCGGGGUUUUAUUGGCAUCUGAUGGGCUUAAUACAGCUGUCAGGGACAUACGUCCUAGAGGUUUAAUCAACUCAGGAAACCUGUGUUUUUUCAAUGCAACUCUUCAAGCUUUGCUGUCUUGUUCUCCUUUUGUUCAGCUCUUACAAGGACUGAGAAACCAUAACAUUUCCAAGGUAAACUAUCCAACAAUAGCUGCAUUUGCUGAGUUUAUUGCGGAGUUCGACUUCCCUUGUGGCGUUAAAGCAAACCAGAAGAAUACUCUUGAGACUGGUAGGCCUUUCAGCCCUACCACAUUUGAAGGUGUGCUGAAAAAGUUUACACCAGAUGUUCCUAAUAGCAUAUCUGGUCGACCAAGACAAGAAGAUGCACAGGAGCUCCUCAGUUUCAUAAUGCACCAAAUGCACGAGGAAUUGCUUAAGUUUGAAGGACAAAGGUUAAACUUGAAUGGAGCAAAAUCCUCUCUUGUUUCUUAUGCAGAGGAUGAUGAAUGGGAAACGGUUGGACCUAAGAACAAAUCUGCAGUUACGAGAACACAAGAUUUAGAUCCCUCAGAGCUAAGUGCGAUUUUUGGGGGACAGCUACGAAGUGUUGUGGAGGCAAAAGGAAAUAAAGCUUCAGCAACCAUCCAACCUUUCCUCUUGUUACAUCUUGAUAUCUCGCAUGCAGCCGUUCAUACUAUUGAGGACGCACUUCGUUUGUUUUCUGCUCCUGAGAUGCUUGAUGAGUACAGGACCUCAAUUACUGGAAAGGAUGGAGUAGUUACUGCCAGAAAGUCCUUAAGCAUACAGACGCUGCCGAAGAUAAUGAUAUUGCAUUUGAUGCGCUUCAGUUUUGGACAUAAUGGAGCUACAAAGCUAAAUAAACCCGUUCGAUUCCCCAUUCAAAUGGAGUUGGGCCGCAAGUUACUUGUUUCUCCGUCAACCCAGGGUCGGAGAUAUGAACUUGUUUCAACAAUAAGUCACCACGGAAGAGAAUCCUCGAAGGGGCAUUACACAACGGAUGCUCGUUACCCAGAUGGGGUGUGGUUACGGUUUGAUGAUGCUUCUGUUAUUACAGUUGACUUGAAAAAGGUCCUUCAUGGCCAAGCUUAUAUCCUUUUCUACAGACAAGUGUUGUAAAGGCCGACGUAAUUCUGUUUUAUCGGAAAUGUUAGAAAAACUGCAUAUGUAAUAUUGGGAGUAAUUGUUUAUAUACGAUGGAAUUUUUGUCACAUUCUCUAAAUGUGUAUAAAUAUUCUAUGCUCAUGUUGAGAUAGAGAGGUGAGUAAUUUUAGAGCAAAGAUGAUUGUUUUUUUCUUGUAUGGGAAUUGGGAUAGAAUCUUCAGUAAUUUGAUAUUUUUAUUCUGUUUCUUGU